AUGUGGUUCCUACCAGCCACCCUCCCCCUGCUCCCAUUGCUCUUGCUGCUGGGCCAGGCCCCUCCCAGCAGGCCACAGUCCCUGGGCACCAUGAAGCUACGGCUGGUGGGCCCCAGCAGCAAGCCGGAGGAGGGCCGCCUGGAGGUACUGCACCAGGGUCAGUGGGGCACCGUGUGUGAUGACGACUUCGCGCUUCAGGAGGCCACUGUGGCCUGCCGCCAGCUAGGCUUUGAGGGUGCCUUGACCUGGGCCCAUAGCGCCAAGUAUGGCUCAGGGGAGGGACCCAUCUGGCUGGACAAUGUGCACUGUGUGGGCACAGAGAGCUCCCUGGACCAGUGCGGGUCUAACGGCUGGGGUGUCAGUGACUGCACUCACUCAGAGGACGUCGGGGUGGUAUGCCACCCCCAGCGCCAGCGUGGCUACAUUUCUGAGAGGGUCUCCAAUGCCCUCGGGCCCCAGGACCGGCGGCUGGAGGAGGUGCGGCUCAAGCCCAUCCUCGCCAGCGCCAAACGGCAGAGCCCGGUGACUGAGGGGGCCGUGGAGGUGAAGUACGAGGGCCACUGGCGGCAGGUGUGUGACCAGGGCUGGACCAGGAACAACAGCAGGGUGGUGUGCGGGAUGCUGGGCUUCCCCAGCGAGGCACCUGUCGACAGCCACUACUACAGGAAAGUCUGGGAUUCAAAGAUGAAGGACCCCAACUCUAGACUAAAGAGCCUAACGAAGAAGAAUUCCUUCUGGAUCCACCGUGUCAACUGCCUGGGCACAGAGCCCCACAUGGCCAACUGCCAGGUGCAGGUGGCGCCAGCCCAGGGCAAGCUGCGGCCGGCCUGCCCGGGUGGCAUGCAUGCUGUGGUCAGCUGUAUGGCAGGGCCCCGCUUCCGUCCUCUGAAGGCGAAGCCUGGGCGCAAGGAGUCCAGGGCAGAGGAGAUGAAGGUGCGCCUCCGCUCGGGGGCCCAGGUGGGUGAGGGCCGGGUGGAGGUGCUCAUGAACCGCCAGUGGGGCACCGUCUGUGACCAUGGAUGGAACCUCAUCUCUGCCAGCGUCGUGUGCCGCCAGCUUGGCUUCGGCUCUGCUCGGGAGGCCCUCUUUGGGGCCCGGCUGGGCCAGGCGCUGGGGCCCAUCCACCUGAGUGAAGUCCGCUGCAGGGGAUACGAGCGGACCCUCAGCGAUUGCCCUUCCCUGGAAGGGUCCCAGAAUGGUUGCCAACAUGACAACGAUGCUGCCGUGAGAUGCAACAUUCCUAACAUGGGCUUCCAGGACCAGGUGCGCUUGGCCGGUGGGCGCAGCCCCGAGGAGGGGGUGGUGGAGGUGCAGGUGGAGGUGAACGGCGUCCAGCGCUGGGGGGCCGUGUGCAGCGACCAUUGGGGCCUCACUGAAGCCAUGGUGGCCUGUCGACAGCUUGGCCUGGGCUUUGCCAGCCAUGCCAUCAAGGACACCUGGUACUGGCAGGGGACGCCGGGAGCCAGAGAAGUGGUCAUGAGCGGGGUGCGUUGCUCAGGCACAGAGCUGGCCCUGCAGCAGUGUCAAAGGCAUGGGCCAGUGCACUGCUCCCACGGCGCUGGGCGCUUCUCAGCCGGAGUCUCCUGCACAGACAGUGCCCCGGACCUCGUGAUGAACGCCCAGCUGGUGCAGGAGACAGCCUACCUGGAGGACCGCCCACUCAGCCUGCUGUACUGCGCCCACGAAGAGAACUGCCUGUCUCAGUCCGCUGACCGCAUGGACUGGCCCUACGGACACCGGCGUCUGCUGCGCUUCUCCUCGCAGAUCCACAACCUGGGCCGGGCCGACUUCCGUCCUAAGAUGGGGCGCCACAGCUGGAUUUGGCACCAGUGCCACAGGCACUACCACAGCAUUGAGGUCUUCACCCACUACGACCUCCUCACUCUCAAUGGCUCCAAGGUGGCGGAGGGGCACAAGGCCAGCUUCUGCCUAGAGGACACAAAUUGCCCCACAGGAAUGCAAAGGCGCUACGCGUGUGCCAACUUUGGGGAACAGGGAGUGACCGUUGGCUGCUGGGACACCUACCGACAUGACAUUGAUUGCCAGUGGGUGGAUAUCACAGACGUGGGCCCUGGGGAUUAUAUCUUCCAGGUGGUCGUGAACCCCAAGUUCGAGGUGGCAGAGUCAGAUUUCUCAAACAACAUGAUGCGGUGCCGCUGCAAGUACGACGGGCAACGGGUCUGGCUACACAACUGCCACACAGGGGACUCAUACCGAGCUAACACAGAGCUGUCCCAGGAGCAGGAGCAGCGUCUCAGGAACAACCUCAUCUGA